AUGGCAUUUUGUCCAGGGAAGAAUUCUUGGCCGGAAUUGGUGGAGAAAAACGGAGAGGCGGCGGCCAAGGUGAUAGAGACGGAAAAUCCGAACGUGAAUGCAAUUGUAGUGAAAGAAGGAACUCCCGUGACUGACGAUUUCAGGUGUGAUCGUGUUAGGGUUUGGGUUAACGACUGUGGCACCGUGGUUCGUGUUCCAACUAUUGGUUAA